ACAAUGGGCUCGUGCAUUCUCUGGGUCGCCGUCGACUCCACGUUUUAUCUGCUGCUGCACACCAAAGCAUGAGUGACUGGUGGAGUGGAUCAAGGAAGAAAGCACUGUACCACUAGCAGUAAGAACUAAGAAGAGAGCUUGCCCAGCGGAAGAAACCGACCAAGGAGCGGCAGAGAAUGCGGCCAAGAGCGCGCCGUGUCCGAGCUGUACGGUGAUCCGUCAGCCCACCCGCCCCUCUCGCCCACUCCCCUGAGCCGGAGGAGCCCCCCCAUCUCUGCACUCCCUGAUUCCCUUCCAACGACCGAAAAAAGGAGAAAGAGACGAGCGACGGCCGGAGGAGAAGAAGGAGGCUAGCUUUUCCGGCGGGCGAUGGCGCGGCGCGGGCGGGUUGAGCUGCGGCGGAUCGAGGACCGGACGAGCCGGCAGGUGCGCUUCUCCAAGCGCCGCUCGGGGCUCUUCAAGAAGGCGUUCGAGCUGUCGGUCCUCUGCGACGCCGAGGUCGCGCUGCUCGUCUUCUCCCCCGCCGGCAGGCUCUACGAGUACGCCUCCUCCAGCAUAGAAGGUACAUAUGACCGCUAUCAGGCAUUUGCAGGAGCCGGAAAGGAUGUGAGUGAAGGCGGUGCAAGUAACAACAAUGAUGGAGAUCCUUCAAAUAUACAGUCAAGGCUUAAAGAUAUUACUUCCUGGUCUCUUCAAAACAAUGCUGAUGACUCAGAUGCUAAUGAACUGGUGAAACUGGAGAAACUAUUGACAGAUGCUUUGAAGAAGACAAAAUCCAAGAAGAUAUUGGCGCAACGAAAUAGCGGUGCGGGCACGAUUGCGAGUGGCGAGAACUCCAGAAGGUUUUGAGCAGCCAUGUGAUGUGCAUGCAUUUGGUACAAGCAAACCUCUGUUGUUGAUGCCACACUCUUCCCCAGUUAUUGGGUAUGAAAGAGUUGUGAAGGCUGCUGCUUGCGAGGUGCAGCAAAGGCAUGAGGGGCAAAUUCAAUAAAAGGGUGGUGGGUUAACUCUUAACAGCAACAGUGCGUGUGUCCUUGUUAUCUGUUGCCUUACCUUUUGUGCUUUCCUAGGGCUGUGUGUGAUGCUCAUAUUAACAUAUCAGUCUGCUGUCAGUCUUCACUACACAGGUUAUACGCAACUGAGUGAGAAAUCAGUUUAUGUGGAUGCACCUUA